UGCACGAAUAAAAAAAUAAAUUGUCAAAUGUCAGUUCAUGAUCCAUCAAUCAAGGACAUAAUUUUGGCGCAAUUUUUACAUAAACGCGUGAUAAAAGUUAACAACAAAGAUUAAAAGUUGUUACUUUAUCAAAUAUAAUAACAUUUGUGAAUAAGUGGAUUAAUAAUUAAAGAAGAACAAUGGCGAGGACCAAAGCAUCAGUAGGCUCGAAAGUUUCGGCCGGUAAAAGCAGUAAAGCUAGAUGUAGCGUCGCGGCGCCGCCUGUGACGGCAGGACCGUCAGGCAGUGGAGAUAGAUCAUCUCGCAGUUACUCCGGAGGCAAUUCUGUGUGUCCCCGAGAAACACCAAAGUGGCAGAAACCUAUCACAAACUUCUUCAUAUGCAAGGACAAUGGGAGCAAAGACUCUGACAACGAUAGUGAAGAUGAAACCGCAACAAAACCUAAACCGAAACGCAACAUAAUACAAUCAGACGACGAACAAACAGACACGCCGACAAAUACAGAACUAGAUGAAACUAUUGAAUUAGAACCAUUGACAGGAGAGAGUAGUCACAAAAUCGAUGAGUACUACUCUAAAAACAACGAGGAAAAUAAUAAUGCAGUAAAGGGGGUGAAAGGUAAAGGAGUGGGGAAGAAGACCAAAGGCAAGGAGAAUGUUAGUGAUAAUGUUGAACGGAAAAGAGAAAGAGAAGAUAAGGAUUUGGGAGAGGAACAAGUUAGUAAGAGAGUUAAGGUGGAGUGAGUUUGAUUUGUUUUGGAAGGGUUAAUAGAUUUUGAUGUUUGCUACAUUUAGAGGGAAACAUGCCCAGUUUUAAACUAGGUAGCAUAAUACUGGCACCUUUGAGGUAAGUCAUCAAAGUUCUAACGGUGCGAUAUAUUUGUUGCCAUAUUAAU